UAUAAUAUAUAUGUAUGAAUUCUACUGAACGAGUUUUCAGUCGCAGUUUUAGACUGGAAGACAGAUUUUACGAGAAAACGUUUAUUUCUCUACCCACUGGCUGUGUUCAGGCGAAGUGAGGUUUCUCGCUUAGGCGACGGUUCGUUUUCACGGUGUUCUGUUACAAGUCAGAAAACAAUGAACGAGCUUAUAUCGACAGCUCCAUUGUACACAAGAGAUCGAGUCCACCUAACGAAAAUAGGGAAUAUUCUGUGUACUGGGAAAGGCUGUAUUGGCUGUGAUAGGAAAUUUCAGAUUGGUGAUCAGGACUUGUCGGAAAUUCUAGGCGAAGUCGAUUUGGUGGAUUUUGACAAACAAGAGCCUCGGUUUCUGCCGAGUCCAAGAAGAUUUUCACAUAACUACGAUAAACACAACGAUGGUUGGCAUGGAAACACAGCUUACAAGCGGGCUAAAACCAAGAAGGAAAAACUUCUCAGCAGAUCGAAAUUUCGAUUGAAGGGGCUCGAUGUUACCAUGGAUGGUGCAAAAGCUAAAGAGAAAGAUGUUCAGCCCGCCAAGAAUAAAACGAAUAGGCCAGAGUCACUUGCUAUUGACCAUAGCACAGAUACUAAUAGAUUUUGUUACAGAAAAAUUGUGAAGACUUCCACUAAAUCAAAUCACAAAACAAAAGGAAGUAAAACGGUAUCUUUUGCGGCCCCCUUAGUCAGGCAGAGGACGUUUUCUCUUGAAGGUAGUGAAACUGGAAAAUCAGAAACGAGUCAAGAACGUAAAAAUAACCGAAAACAAUCGACUGCUCCUCUGCAAACCAGUGGUCAUCACUCGAGAUCGAGGGCUCAACCUCCGAUAGCAGGACUGGAUGCGAGUUUCUUGAAAGUCCGGCAGGGGAUGUUCACUCUUACAGAUGGCGAAACUGGAAAAUCAGAAAAGAGUCGAGAACAUAAAAAUAACCGUAAAAAAUCGCAAACCAACCAUCGUCACUUGAGAUCGCGAUCCUGCCCGUUGAUGCCAGAACCGAAAACGAAUUUCUUGAAAAUGCUUCAUAACAGCAGCGUAGGAAUAUUUGACAUCAAAUCAAUGAAGAGCAAAAAAGACUCUAAGUGGGUGAAAGAAGUUUUGAAAUCAGGAGUAAAAGAGGAAGAGAUAUUUCCACACACUGACGGUGGGAAAACUACGAGAAGCAGCAACAGAAAUACAACGAGCAACAACCACAAGGAAAGCACCUCAAAUUCACCUCGGAAACCUAAUGAAAAACAAAGAAACAGGGAAAAAGGCUUAACAAACAUAUCUUCGAAAGGCAAUUGUCUUUCAGCUUCGGAAGAUGAGCGUGAAUCUUCCGUUCUUGUGAUCGAGCAUUCCCACGACAAAACGAGCACAAAAGAUGAAAGUUUACACAAGCUUGGUUUUACAGCACAACGUAGUGAAAGGAAGAAGAACUUUCCCGAUGUUUCAACACUGGAAAUAGCCGAGAGUUUGGAAGGUUUUGUUCAGCUGGGAGUUAUUAAACUCAUCUGUCAGGAACACGAAGGCUGUUGGUAUAUUAUAGUGUCCAGCCGGAUUAUUCGUGAUUUUCUUAUCCAAAAUGGCGUAAAAAUGCGUGGAAGGAACUUCGAACUGAUCGAUUGUACUAGGAAUUCAUAUUAAUCGGUCAGUCUUAGAAAUGUUUAACACUUAGCUUGAUGUUGUGAUAUGAAUAUAAAUUAUCCAGCCAAAAGGUUGC